AUGAUGACUUUUGGUAGGCAGUACCAAGAUGACACGACGUUUGCCGAGGUCGGACAUCGGCUUGACGCGGCGGUCGCCAACUUGUCUUCGCACGCCAUCUUCGGCUGCAUUCGCAAGGCCCAGAUGGACCUCCUUGAUCUACACAGACACGUGUCAGUCCUCGACGACGACAACAUUCGUGAGGAGAGUGGUGUGGACGGCAGCGUGUCCGACAGUACCGCGUCAAGUUCUUCGUCACUCGACUCGGCCAACUCCGACGGUUGA